GUCAGAUCAGCAGAAACAAAAACACGGACAUGUUUCCUGUAACUGCGUCGCUCUGCUCGACUUUGCUGUUUGUCGGUGUCUUCGUGUUUGUCUCUGCAGAACAGAAAAUCAUCACAGCUGAGCCUGAACAGAAGAGCGUCACUCUUCCAUGUCGAGCUCCAAACAACAGCAGCAGCAUCUCAGUUGUAGAGUGGCGCAGAGCUGACCUGGGAGAUGAAUAUGUGCUUUUGUACCGGGAUGACCUGUUUGAUCCAACCAACCAGGAUCCAUCUUUUAAGAACCGGGUGGAUCUGCAGGACAGACAGAUGAAGGAUGGAGACGCGUCUUUGAUUCUGAAGGAUGUGACGAUUACUGAUAAUGGGACAUAUGUGUGUCAGGUCUUCAUGGGAGGAACAAACGUGAGGAAGAGAGCAAAUCCGAGGACUGAUCCCAUCAGCAUCAUCUACCUUCAUGUUGUUCCUCCAGGAGGAUCUGUUGGACUGAUCGUCGGUCUGAGUGUUGCUGCUGUUGCUGUUGUGCUUGUUGCUGGUUUUCUGGUCUACAGAAAAUGUAAACGACAGAACCGAGAUUUUAACUAACAUCCUGAUGAACAUCAGCAAGUUUGAAAUGUCCCAGAGCUUCUUACAUGGUGAAGCUGGAUAAGAGAAGCCAACAUUACUAAGGGAAAAACACAGGAGUACUGACUGACUGAAGAAACAUAAACACCAGAGUCCAAGUGAAAAACCAGAAAUUUGCUUCAUUCCAAAAAUUCCACGGCAGAUACAGCAUUUAAAUAAAACGUUGUAUCUGCUGUCCUUUCUGCAAGUAAGAAGGAAUAAAAAGAUAAUGAAACAAUUAUUAAAAAUUGCGGGUUAAAAUAAAUAAUGUUCUCCAGCACCUUUGGGAUAAAAUUAUGACCCAAAAUGAUCAAAGACAUUUUUUUUAACAUCAGGCUUAGAGAAGAUACUGAAUAAUGUUGGAAGAAGUGUUGAAUCCUUCACCAUAACUGUAUUUUUAUGUUUGUUUGUUUGUUGUUUUGUUUUUUUACAUCUAUUGGAAUGUAAUUACAUGCAACACUGAACAUUUUUUGCUUAUGAUGUAUGGGAGAAUUGUAAAUUGGUAUGAUUAUUAUCAUUGUUAUUAUCGCAGCUGGAUCUAGUGUAGGAGCUAGUAGCUAGUCUGGAGCUAGUCUAUUGGUAAGACUACACACCUUUGGAGCAGGAGUCCCACCCUGUAUCCAAUAAGGGUCCUGGCUA